AUGUGCUUCUACGACCAACACAGGUUCGUCUGCGGCGACUGGAAGUGGGGCCACUUCCGACAGCACUGCGCCAAGGAGUACCGAAUCGGCGAGACGUGUGGCAUGAAGCUCAUCAUGCAGACAAUUCCUACGGGAACAUACUGCAAGCUCUGUGAGAAGAUCAACACCAAGAUGCGCCGCCGAGCCGCUGAGGUGGACCGCAUCGGGCGCUGGCAGCGAGAGCCUCACAAGUUCGGUGCUUCGAUCGAGAAGUCGAUGGAGAUGAUUCGCAGUCUGGAUGGAGAGAUCAAUGAGCUGUCUUGCGAGCGCAACCGUAGACUGCAAGCAGUCUACUGA